CGAGAUUUAGUCUGAUUUGAAACGUAAUGUACCGUAGGAGGUGAUUUCGAGUAAGUACUCGAAGCGGUCAGGUUGUUCAGCAAGCCUCGUCGAUGCUGGACCAGCAACAUCGUCGCGCUAAGUCUCGCCGUGAUCAUGGUUCACCAUUUAUUUCCUCGACGGAUGAAGUGAAAGCCAUGAUCGGAGCUGGUGUAGAAUGUAAAGAAGUCGAUGCGAAUCGAGAGAGGGAAACCACUUUGGCGUCCAGUUACUCCAAGGCAAGCUGAAAGGAAUGUCGAGCGCCGUGCAUCGCGACACCAACGAGUUCUCGCACUGAGGCGUCUCUAAUCAACCGUCAAACAACGUUCUUGUCAACAAAGCAUCAAUAAUAAAAAAUUCAUGUAUUGACGAAGAAUGAAAUCAGACUGAACGCAAUGAUGUUGAAACAUUUUAUUAUUGCCAUAUCUUUAAUAUAUGUUACAGAAUGUACAGGCCAAGUUUACAAGAGUCGGCCGAUCGAGACAGCUGCAGUAAACAAACCAGCGGUUGUAAACGAUGAUUUUAUUACACAAACAGUUUACGGUUUCCUAGAUUUCACCACCACCAUCGGAAACACAGUGAUGGUCUUCAGCCCACAAAGCGCGCCAUCAGAUGGUGAAAAAGGAAAGAAGAGCAGCGGUUCGAUCAUUCAGACGAAACCGAGCGAAACGAAGGAAAAAGCAGCUCUUGAUAUUCAGCCAAGCAAAACACACAAGACGAAUCCAGGGGAAGAAACUAAAAAACAAGUUAAAGGAUCGAAGGUUGUUGUGAAUUCCGUGAUCGAACAGAAUAUCAUAAAUUCCUCGGACGAUAACGGAUUGCGAUCUCCAAAGAGUCAGGAAUUGAACACUCGGGCACCUGUAAUGACCAAGAGUCCUCCAGUGCACACGCAGGUGCAAAUUAAAGCGAACGACGAUAAGCCCGGUUUAAAGAACAAUCUUGCGGAACCUGAAUACGACUUCCUGUCAAAGCAACCCGCAGAAGUAAUCGAUGAAACGUUCAAGUUGAUCAAUCUGAGACCCUCUUCGAAAAUCCUUUCGAAACCAAGGCCCACAGCACGAAGAGAGAAAGAAAAUCCAACUGGUCUCGUGACGAAACUCGGCGGAACUAUCGUUAAGGAUGGAUUAACAACCGUUCACGAAACUAGCGUGAUCGGUACCUACAUAAAUGGUAAAUACGCUCAGGUGCUUCAAAGCUCUUCUAGGAUUCUUCAAGGUACACCACCAAUUCCUGAAGGCAAGAUUCGUCCAUCCAGUACUCAAAGAAUCUUAAAAACUAUCGGACCGCAGCAAGGAAAACUGAAACCGCAACUAGAACCAACGCCAACGAACCACCAAGAAGAGUCUUCGUUGCCUCUAGAAGUUCUCUUUAGCGCUCCAGCUGGUUCCACGGUACGAAGCACACGAAAGCAUUCAAUUCCGAAUUCGGCGCGUCCGAAAUUCCAUAACAAAAUUAACGAGAAUGAUAGCGGUGAAGUGCAGCAAGCAAAACCGCCCAAGCCUCGAAUCAGUACCACAUCAAGGCCAAGCUUUAAAAAUCGAAGUCCUCCAACAACUACGACCGAAGCACCUGUCACGCGUCGUCGCAGUAGUUUCAGGCCGAAUAAUCAACCAAGUUUGCCUUCGAAACAAAGCAAUAAAAACAAAGUUGAGCAACAAUCGGUUAAUACUAACCCCUCGCCGAAACUGAAGUUGCCGAGAACGCAAGGUCGUUGGUCUUACAAAACAACCCCUAAACCAAGAGUCAUAAUUCGAAAGCAAGUCGACGAUGACGAAUUACGUUCUACGCCUGAAACUACUACUACCGAGGGUCCAAUAAAUCUCGAUGACAGCAAAGCAACUGCAGCCUCUGUUUCGACUUCCACGACGACCGUGUCCACGUCGGGUCAAGCAGUCAACGCUCAAAGAAAGAUCCAGGAAGUUGCUAGCGAUAUCGAACUGGAUCCAAGCGAAAGCGAGGACGUGGCCAGUAUCAGCGUUCAAGAUCAACAGCAUUCCGAACAGAUAUUACCCGUAGAAACGAUCAACGUUGAGAUCUCUACGGCCGCCGAUAAUAGUAACGCGUACUUUGAAAUCGCCACCAUUAAGUCACCGUACACUUUCCAGGUUGGAACCUUGAGAAACACGCGCUACGUUACCGUAACUUCAACGGUAAAGAAAUCGUUUUCGACGAUAGAUCCGUCUACUACGAUAUCGCCCACCGAACCUUUAACCGAAAAUCUUCUGGCCAACACCGCAGCAGCUUACGAGACAACAUUGCCACUUGAUUCGGCCGUAGCAACCCUUCCAGCCAUAUCUCUAGAAUCUGGCCAAGCUACGCCGCCUUUGGAAACUGUAACGGAAACAUUCUCGACUACCCAAACCCUUCUGAAGACCCAUCUGCUACCGGUGAUACACGGUAAUAAUACAACCAAAUUGACGCUUGUGCAAACGUACAAUAUCGCGCGUGUGGUCACCGCCACGAAGACUCUGCCGCCGAUGGACAUAUACCAGUUCAUUCCUAGCAAGGCAUUAAACGAAUUCAACUCGAAACUCGACGAAGCAGGAAGCGAGCUCCACUUAGAGUUGGACGUUGGGGACGAGGACAGAGACGACGAUGAUAUUCCCAAAAGAGUAAUAGCGCCAAGCAACGAUAUGGACACCGAUUUGGAGCCCUUCAAAUCCAUAUCGUCGUCAAAAGUAAAGUCAGAAACACCGAGCAGCAGUUCCGUUGAAUCUCAGUUGACUCCCGAUCAACUGGCCCUGUUGAAAUAUUUUGGACAACAGCAGCAACAAGUGAUCACUACAUCGCGGCCAGUCGUUGUCCUGGAGACGCUCUACGAAUCUCACGUGAUUCCGGUGGUGAACAACGGAAACACACUUUACUCGACGUUAUCCAGGCCAGUCGGCACCGUGCCACGAACCUCUUAUGAAUACGGAACAUCAACGAUUGCACCAGUAUUGCCGCCGCAAUUACCACCGCAACUGCCGCCGCAAUUACCACUAUUCCCACAGCAGCCACAUUUCACGGUGACGAGCGCUCCUCUGGUCACGCAAGUCCUGGCAACCGUGUCCGAUUCUAAAAUACUAAAAUUGACCUUUGGAGCAAAGACGGCUUACACCACGUUGUUCUCUAGCCGUGUGGUACCAACGGAGGUCACAACCUAUGUUACAACUACCGUACCUGUGCAGCCGAGCGUACCUUCUUAUCCAGGUUACUAUCCUCCUCCGGUCGGUUAUCCACCUUUCCCUUUCGUAGGAUAGAUUCUCUUUUAGUUCAUGUCAAUCGUGUGAGAUGCUCUUAAUCUAUCGAGGACAGAAUGUCUUAUUAUAGGAUGUUCUCCAAAAGCAAUUAAUUAUGAUAGAUAACAGAAAAUUGAUCGUUGAAUUACAGUUUUCGGUACGCACUUGGAUUCCAUUGGGUUUCAAAUAAGCUUCUUUGCUAUCCACUUUGGCAUUUUAGUGUAAUCUUAUUUAACGUAUUUAAAACGUAGUACUUAUUGCUAGCAUUAGUAUUUAAGAUACAAACAUCUGUUCCGGAGCUUUGAGAGAACAGAUGGCGAAGGAAAACAUGAUAUUGGGAGUGCAUAAAUCUGACAAGUGCAAGUUAGGCAUAAUUGCAAAGCUCGAUAGCGGUAAGUUCAUUUUUUCAUAAAUUAUUCAUAAGUUUUACCAAGCAAAGAUACGAAUCGACGAGGAAAUAUUUUCUAAAAAAGUAGAUCCAAGUCAAUUUCAUUCGACGGUAAUUUAAUUAACGCAACAACGAGAUAAAAAUAUUAAACCCUUGAUAAAAACACAACAUUUUCAAGCUGUUAUUAAACAUUGAAAUUUAAUGUAAAUCUUGUAAAUAAUCAUUUCUUCAUUUUGUUUUAUUAUGACUUUGCUAAAGCCUUUAAAGUAUCGACGUUACUUCGAAUUUGUCAAAAAUUAUUACAACACGUAUAUUUAUUCGUAUUUUAUCAAUAAUUCAUUUAAUAUUAAAUUAACAUUAAUUAAGAAA